GCCUAUGCUUCCGGUAUUCGCUCUGGGCUCGGGAUUCCGCGGCACCCGGAUUGUUUUUUUCUGUGGGCAGUGAUACCAAAGGAAAAAUAAUUUCUCAGCAAUGCUGCCACUCCCGGAUUGUACUUGUGAUCACCAAGCGACACACUUUCAAUGCUAAAAAGCCACUUCCUUUCAGCUGGAAGAUAUUUUGGACAACCUGUAUCCAAAAGGAUGGAGUUGGGAAAAGGAAGACUCCUCAGGACAGGGCUGAAUGCAUUGUAUCAGGCAGUACACCCAGUUCAUGGCCUUGUCUGGACUGACGGGCAUCAGGUAGUCCUAACCGAUUUACAGCUUCACAGUGGAGAGGCCAGGUUUGGGGACUCCAAGGUCAUUGGACAGUUUGAACAUGUACAUGGCGUGUCCUGGGCCCCCCCUGGUGUGGCUGACAUGCCCACUCUGCUCGCUGUCCAGCACAAGAAUCAUGCCACUGUGUGGCAGCUGUGUCCCAGCACCACGGAGACAGGCAAAUGGCUGAUGUCGCAGACCUGUGAGAUUAGAAGAUCACUCCCUGUCCUUCCCCAGGGCUGUGUGUGGCAUCCAAAGAGUGCUGUCCUGGCUGUGUUGACGGCACAGGAUGUGUCCAUCUUCCCAAGCGUCCACGGUGAAGGUCCCCGGGUGAAAGCGGACAUUGACACUGGGGGCUUCAUUCACUGUGCCUGUUGGACCCGGGAUGGCCGGAGGCUGGUGGUGGCAGUUGGCAGCAGCCUGCAUUCCUUUAUUUGGGACAGUGCUCAGAAGACCCUUUGCAGGUGCUCCUUCUACCCGGUGUUUGAUGUAGACAGCUGUGUGCGCGCCAUCGGGGCCACCGCGGACUCAAAGGUCGCUGUAGCCACUGAGCUUCCACUAGACAAGAUUUGUGGCUUAAAUGCAUCCGAAACCUUUGACAUCUUGCCUGGUGGGGAAGAUACUCGUCUGUGUGCUUCACCGGUUACUGAUGAAGUACCCACCGAGGAUAAGGGGGCGGUUGCUUCUGAAACAAAUUUUGAAUCCUCAAUUUCUCCCGUUUCUUCUUCCUUUUCAGAUCCUCUGGAUCUAACUCAUAUACAUUUGAACACCUCCAAGUCUGAGGGUAGUUCUCUUAUUUGUCUAAGACAAAAGGACUGCUUGACAGGAACUGGCCUGGAUUCCUCACAUUUGGUCCUUGUGACCUUUGAGAAAGAGGUCACCCAGACCAGAAAAAUCACCAUUCCCGGCAUUCUGGCUCCCGAUCUAAUAGCGUUUAACCCUAAAGCACAGGUGGCGGUGGUGGCUUCCAAUACCUGCAAUGUCAUUUUUAUCUAUUCCGUCAUUCCAUCGCGUGUGCCAAGCAUCCGGCAGAUUCAGUUAGAGAGAAGUGAAAAGCCAAAAGGUGUAUGUUUCUUGACAGAUAAGUUAUUAUUAAUUUUGGUAGGAAGACAAAAAUCCACUGAGUCAGCAUUUCUUCCUUCUUCGAAGACUGAUCAGUAUAUCAUUCGUUUGAUUGUUAGAGAAGUAACAUUGGAAGAAGAAUUUCCAGUAACAGCGACCAAAAACCAGAGUGGAGACUCUACUCUCAGUACUCUGUUAAAUAAAACAGAUAGAAAAAAGCGAACUGAAAGUCCUUCCCCAGACUUUGAUCACCAAAACAGAGGGCUCCUAACAGCUAAUGGCAGUAGGCAAAGUGGGAGGGCUGGAAGAACCCUUAUUAGAGAAAUCAAAAGUCCUCCCACCAGUGUCUGUGCUGGUUCCAUCGUCCUUGACGGUCUCGAUGCCAAGCCCAUUAACUGCUCAGUAACAUGUCCCAGAUCCAGCAGCACCCCCCCACAUACCCUAACUCCAGAACCUCCUGAUUGGCCUCCAAGCCAGAACUUACAAAGGGAAAAGGAAAUUUACCAGCUGUCUAAGGAAAUGGAAAUUUUAUCUAGGACUCUGACAGAAGUGCAGCGAUGUCUCUCCGAACUCACAGACGUUCUGCAGAAGGAGAAGUCCUCUCCUAUGUAUCCACUCUUUCAGGACCCGCCCUAUGUGCACAUCGCUUAUCAGAAAUCUUAUUAUGUAGGUCCUGUUGUUGAAAAAAGAGCUGUGCUCCUCUGCAAUGGCAAACUAAGGCUCAGUACCGUUCAGCAGACUUUCGGCCUCUCUCUUGUCGAGAUGCUUCAUGACUCACACUGGAUCCUUCUCUGUGCUGAUAGUGAAGGCUUCAUCCCGUUAACUUUCACGGCCACUCAGGAAAUAACCAUCAGAGAUGGCAGCGCAAAUGUCUUCAUGGACCCGGUUCCAGAGUCUUAAUCCUGCUCCUUCUCUUCAAGCCUUGAGAGACCUGACUGUCCAGAGUGUAGACGCCACCAGCUAAUCUACCCAUUGAGGCAGUAUGGCCUGAUACUUAUUUGCGGAGUAUUUGCCGCGUAGCUUUUCAGAUGAGGCCAUUGCAGACAAGAUCUCUUGCCCACCAUGGACUCUGCUCGGCUGGGGUUUGCACUGUUGCUCACAGGUGAAGAACCUGCCGCGGUUGGCUUGGCGGCUUUUCCUCCCUGAGCCCCCACCCCCACCCCCGGGCUGCCGCUCCCUGCUCUGUAGCAGAGCUCAGUCUUUGUUAGAUGGCUCAAAAACUGGUCGUUUACAUAUUCAUGACUGUGUGGUUUUGUCUAAGGGCAGAAUUCCCAGAACAAAACAAUAUUCUGGUGCCAUGUGGAUGGUGUUUUAUGAUUUCUCUGAGGCUUUCUGUCCCUUGCCCAAAACUGUUAAAGCUGGCUUAGAAGCACUUAAAAGCUGCUUCAGUGUUGUUAUGGAUUACUUCCUUGGCUUAGAGAUGAGAGGAAGAGGUACUGGAGGACAUGUGCUCCAGCAUAUCCUUCUUACCCCAAACCAGCAGGAAUCAGCAGAGCUCAAAAGAAGACCAAAAAUCGAUGGACUUCUGUCCGCAGGGCUACCUAGAACAGGAAGUAGAUCUGACGUGGGCUGGACCUGCCAGGAUUUAAAUCUCUCUUGCUUCCUUAAAAUUUUCUGGCCAACUAAGGCCCAGAUACUCCUAAAAACUAGCCCUGGGCAAAUUUCAAAUGAAAUGUCAAGUGCUCUGACCCCGCUGGACCCCACUUGAGUGUGUGCUUAUGUUAAUAGUGCGAUGCCAAGCACAGGUGAGGUCUAAGGCAUGAUUUCGUGCUCUCGCUACUCCUGAUUUUUCUCCCUGAAAUGCCUUUUUUUUUUUUUCUUUUCAGUUUUGGGAUCAUAAAAAUGUCUUAUUUUCCUCCCAGUAAUCAGCUCCCUUACUUACAUUAUCACUUCAGUUUUGAUGUUUUUCUUUUCCCUCCAUUCAAGUCUUAGAGACCAGCAGAGUCUGUGAGAGAAGGUAGUUCAAAAAUUGGAAAUUUCACUGAGUCUGACGCAGGUAAAAAGUACCAGCUUAUAAUUAUGGGCCAAAGUGCCAACUCCGUAAAGUGGGAAAGAGCCUUGAUCGCAACUUUGGAUAGACACACCACUUCUCAGAGCCAUAAAUUUCAGGGACAGCAGCCUGACAAAUUGAUGAGUGUGUGGCUGGUCAGGGCACAUCUGCAGAUAAUUUGCUUUGGCCAUAGAGGUUCCAUUAGCACACAUGCAUCUUUCCCCCCCUUCCUUGAAAAUCAUCCGGAAAGAAAGAUUUUGUACCCUCGGGGACUACUGUCUGUUACCGUUUAUGAAGAUGGAGCUGGGAUAGGGAAGAGGCGAGGGCCUAUUUUGUGGUUCAGAUGCAUUAGGCAGCUGCUGGGAUAAUGGAAGUGGAGGCCACUGGUCUGUGAUCAGGUGUCUGAGAGCAGUAGCCUCUGUUUGCAGAGGAAGUGUCUGGGUGGGAUGAAAGCACACUAUUAGGAAGCCUGGGGGGCCUGGGGACCCCAUUGUAAGAUCAGCGCAGUGCCUCCAUGUAUAGGUUAUAACCACCAUUUCCCUGGUCAGAGUCCUUUUUGCAAUUAUAAGCAAUAAUGCCUUGAAUAUUUUUGUUAAGUAUGUCCCAAUGCAAGUAUUUGUGAAGUCUCUCUAGGGUCUUUUUUUUUUUUUUAAUUUUAUUUAUUUUGAGAGAGAGGGCACCUGAGUGCAGGCACCUUUGUGAGCAGAGGGAGGUUUGGGGGGGCAGAGGAAGAGAGAGAAUCUCAAGCAGACUCCAUGCUGAGCGCCCGGGGCAUGGCUUGAUCUCACAACUGUGCUUAACCGCUGUGCCACCCAGGCGCCCCGGUGUUUUAUAUUUUUUGUUGCUAGUGUUUAAAAAUUGUUUUGUAACUGUCGCCGGCAUAUACAAAUAUAAUUUGUUCUUGUUAAUUUUAUGUCCAACUAUCUGGCUAUACUCCCUUACUCUAAUAAUUUAUCUGUAGAUUCUUUUGGGUUUUCUGUAUAGGUAAUCAUAUCAUUUACAAAUAAUGGCAAUUUUGUUUCUUCCUUUCUAAUUAUUAUACUAUUACUACACUAAUUAGAUCUGCUGAUGAAGUGUUGACUAGAAGCAGUGAUGGUGGAUCUCCUUAUUCCUGAUUUUAAAGGGACUAUUUCACCAUUAAGAAUGAUGUUCACUCUAGGGGCGCCUGGGUGGCACAGCGGUUAAGCAUCUGCCUUCGGCUCAGGGCGUGAUCCCGGUGUUAUGGGA